AUGGCAUCGCACCGACGAGGACCGUGGUCCCAAGGAGAGGACGCCUAUCUCGUCCAGCUCAUCCACACCCAAGGAGCCCUUAACUGGGUAAGGAUUGCACAACUCAUCGGAACUCGAUCUCCAAAGCAAUGUCGUGAACGUUAUCACCAGAAUCUGAAAGCCUCGCUCAACCAUGAACCUAUCAGCCCCGAGGAAGGCCUUCAAAUUGAACGCUUGGUUGGAGAGAUGGGAAAGCGUUGGGCAGAAAUAGCUCGGAAGCUUGAUGGUCGGAGCGACAACGCAGUAAAGAACUGGUGGAAUGGAAGCAUGAAUCGACGACGGCGUCUCGUACUUCGCCGAAGGCCAUCUGGACCAUGCCAUCCAUCUAAUAACUAUGACGAGCAAACACAACCUCUGUCAUUUCCAAAACCGCCAAUCAGCCGUCCACUUACCAUCACUUCCUCUGCAUACUCACCUGGACGGCGUGAUGGGUCCCUUCCUUCUCCAGCAGUAUCAGAAACUUCACGAGCUGAAUCUUUCGAUGGACCUCCAUCGCUUGUAUCCGACAAUUGCUCAACUUUCUCUGUCUCCCCUCGUCUGACUACAUCACCGAGCAUCGAGCUACCUCCUCUCGGAAUGCUCCCAAGGGAUGCAAUCAGGAGACCUAGCCUCCCGGCACUUCACUUCCCGCCGAGCCCAUUCCAGUCAGAGUACAAUACUCAAUCAUAUCCAUUUACUCCGCGAUUCCAUAACGAUGCCAAAAUUCCCAGGGCCCCGCUCUCGCCUCCUUAUUCCCAAUCUAGGCUGGAACAAUCCACCGCAGUAUUUCCAUCUCGAGAGCAUGAGCGUGAUUAUCGACCACAGUCAAUGACAGCUCCUCCUACGCCGGUGCAACUCCCUCCUCUCCAAAUAAGCUGUCAGUCACCGCGGCGAGACAAGGUCGAACGAGACUCGAGAAUGCAUCUCUCGUCACUCCUUGGUUGA